AUGGAGGUUCCAGGGAAGAAAUUGCAAGCAGGACCAUCUGCAGCAGACACAACCUACUGCCAGCCCUGUGAACAAGAUGACGAAAUCCUCCCCGCUGAGGCCUUCUGCACCGUCUGCAAGGAGUUCUUCUGCUCAAAAUGCGCAAGUCUCCAUAGAAAACAGAAGAUUUCUAGAUCGCACAACCUUCUUGACAAAUCCAAUAUGCCUACAUCUAUCAGUGGCCACGAGGAUAACCACGGAUACACAGAGCCUUGUAAGACCCAUCCAGAAGAGUCUAUCAAAUACUUUUGCAGCGCCCAUCAAACCCUGAUUUGUGGACACUGUGCAGUACAGAACCAUCGAUCGUGUCAUGCUGAUGUCAUAUCAGAUAUAUCAAGGCCUUCAAAGAUGAACAAGAGUAUGGAGAUGUCAUAA